CGUCGGCCGCCUGCCCGGCUGCCCCCGGCGGCCGCGGCUCCCCGCCGAGGGGCCUGGCUGUGUGGGAGACGGCGGCGGCGGGGCGGGCACAGCGCCUGUGGAGGCUGUGGAGGCGGCGGCGGGUCCUGGCCGGGCGGGCGGCGGGGAGGGAGAAGCCCGUUGCACCGCCGCGCCCUCCCCUUCCCGGCGGAGGCAGCGCCACGUCUCGGGCAGAGCCGGGCUGGGCGGCCCCAGUGAGUGCUGUUGUAGCAAGGAAAGGGCGCUGUUCUGGGUGAAUAACAAGCCGUCUAAUGUUCUCUGGAUUUGCAGAGAGAAUGCAGCUCCUUGCUGAUUACAACUGUGGCUGCAACCUGUUUUCAUGAUCUCCUGGAAUUAUCGACUGCCUGCUGCACACCAACAGCUGAAAAGCUCAAAAAACUGUGCUCCUGCCUAACAUCUCAAUGCUGUUUUUGCUAAUGGAGAGAAAACGGACUUGGUAGUUCACGUGGCAGCAAACUUAAAAGAAAUACUUCCCUGGAUCUGGAUCACUUUUACCAUGGACUCCUCAUCUGUCCAGCAGGACGUUCUGUUGGACAACAGAAGCAGCAAUGGGGUGCCUAGCACCUCUGAAGAACUCCUGGAUUGUAAAGCCAAGUCGGAUUUGCCAGUUACGAGAGAUGAAAUUAACACUACCAGUGUUAACAUAAGUGAAGUGCCAAAUGAAGAGGAAAGUCUGAAGAUAAACAUCAAAGUGGAUGCCUGCCAGAAUGGCCAAGAGUCGCUCUUCCCUGACUCUCCUAUAUCUUUUGAUCCCACCAGCAGUCCUCAGGGUCAAGAGUCAUCCCCAGGUGUGACUGGUUUCCAUGACAGCCUAAGGAAGUCUCAGGGAACUAGUGCUGAGGGCAUAGUUCUUAGAAAAGAAGCUUUGCAGUCUCUCAAACUAAGUCUUCCCAUGCAAGAAACAGAAUUGUGCUCAGUAGAGCCUUCACUCCCAUUGGAGAAUGAAGAACAAAUAAGACUUCAAGCAAGAAGACGGCUAGAAGAGCAGCUCAAACAAUACAGAGUGAAGAGGCAUCAAGAAAGAUCUACAUCCAAAAACCGGCCCUCCAGCACGCUAGAUCCUGAGUUGAUGUUAAAUCCAGAAAUCUUGCCAAGAGCUAGCACUGUAGCAAUGACAAAAGAAUAUUCCUUUUUGCGGACCAGCGUCCCCAGGGGACCCAAACUGGGUAGCUUGGGACUUCCAGCAUCCUCAAAAGAGAGAAGAAGUUCAAAAUCUUCAAAGUCCAGUAAGAUCCGGUCCUUGGCUGACUACAGAAGUGAAGAUUCAGACUCUAGAAAUGCUACAGGGAGUCUUCUGGCUACUGAUUUACCUGGUGGGAUGCUGAAGCAAAGCAGAAGUGGUCCAACAUCAGUCAUUUCUGAGAUCAGUCUACCCUCUGACACAGAUGAUCGAAUAGAGAAUUCCUCCCUGGCAGGAGAUAGCAUUUCAGAGAUUGAUGGAAGUGAAGUGGGAUUGAGGCUGGAUGGAAAUGACAGUGACAGCUCUACCUACAGCAGCGUGUCAGGAAAAGUGGUGUUUAACAGUUUACAGAAUGUAGAAGGUAAACAGAGCAUUCCAUAUACAAUAAAUGGUCAGAAGAUAAAUCCUGAUGCCAUGGGGCAAUUUCCUUCCAUCAGUGAGGUGCUGCAGGCUGCAGCAGUGGAGCACCACGCCCAAGAGCAAGAAUUUAAUGGGGAAGUACGGAGCCGGAGAGACAGUAUUUCUAGCAGUGUAUCUAUGGAAAGCUCUAUCGCAGGAACUCAUGAUGAAAUGCUGCAGGUGCUAAAGGAGAAGAUGAGACUUGAAGGGCAGCUAGAGGCACUUUCAGUAGAAGCUAAUCAGGCUCUCAAAGAGAAGACUGAGCUACAAGCCCAACUUGCAGCUUUGAACAUGAAGCUUCAGGCACAGAUGGAGCACAGCCAAAACAGCCAACAGAAGCAGGAAUCACUGAGCUCAGAAGUGGCCACAUUAAAGCAAUCUUGCUGGGAUCUGGAAAGAGCAAUGGCUGACCUGCAAAGCACCUUGGAAGCAAAGAAUGCUAGUUUGGCUUCUUCAAAUAAUGAUUUGCAGUUAGCAGAGGAGCAGUACCAAAGACUCAUGCUGAAGGUUGAAGAUAUGCAAAAAAGUGUUCUCACCAGAGACAGCACAGUUCAUGAUCUGCGACAACAGUUGGCUUCCUUACAAAACCAACUUCAUAAAGUGCAGUUGGAACGGACCACGCUGACCAAUAAGCUAAAGGCAUCUGAAACAGAAAUCACAUCGCUCCAAAAUGUGCGACAGUGGUACCAGCAGCAGCUGGUACUUGCUCAGGAGGCUCGUGUCAGGCUGCAGAGUGAGAUGGCUAAUAUACAGGCUGGGCAAAUGACCCAAGCAGGUGUGUUGGAACAUCUCAAAUUGGAGAACGUGGCAUUGUCUCAGCAGUUGACUGAAACCCAGCACAGAUCAAUUAAAGAAAAGGAACGUAUUGCGGCACAGCUGCAGAAUAUUGAGGCUGACAUGUUAGAUCAAGAAGCUGCCUUCAUGCAGAUCCAGGAGGCUAAAACCAUGGUGGAAGAAGAUUUGCAGAGAAAACUAGAGGAGUUUGAGGAUGAGAAAGAACAGCUUCAGAAAAUGGCUGAUUCUGCAGCAACAUUGGAGCAGGAGUUGGAUCAGGUCAAGCUGACUUUGCAUCAGAGAGAUUUGCAGCUUGAAUCUUUAAAGCAAGAACACCUAGAUCUAAUGAAGCAAUUCACCAUGACCCAAGAGACGUUGCACACCAAAGAGCAGUCCCUGGAUGACCUGCAAACACAGUACGAUGAACUGAAGGCCAGAUUAGAAGAGUUCCAGAGUGAUGCUACUUCUAAAGAUGACAUGAUACAGUAUUUGCAAAAUGAGAAGAUUGUCUUGGAAGUAGCUUUGCAGACAGCAAAAGCAAGCCAACAGCAACUUGAUGAAGGAACAAAACGCCUUGAAGAAGAUACAGAAGUAGCAUCAGAAGUGUUGGAACAACUGAGGCAAGAAAUGGCAAUAAAGUCAAGCCAGGUAGAAAAUCUGCAACAAGAUAAUGUCAGCCUCAAAAAACAGGUUCAAAAAGCAAAGGAACAGUUCCUGCAGCAGAAGGUAAUGGUGGAAGCCUAUCGAAGAGAUGCAAGUUCUAAGGACCAACUGAUCAGCGAAUUGAAAGCUACAAAGAAACGUCUAGACUCAGAAGUGAAAGAGUUAAAACGAGAGCUACUGAAAAUUCAAGUUGAAAAACAAUCACUUGAAUCUGAACAUUCAAAACUACAGAAGGAAGUAUCUCAGGUUCGCCAGCAGAUGGUGGAAAUAGAAAAUCAUCUUCAGUCUGUGCAGAAAGAACGAGACGAUAUGGAAACACGCCUGCAGUCUUUGCAGUUUGAUAAGGAACAAAUGGCAUCUCUUGCUGAGGAAAAUCAGGCAUUAAAGCUAGAAGUAGAACAAAUGCAAGAAGAAGCAAAAAAGGCCAUUACUGAGCAGAAACAGAAAAUGAAGCGUCUAGGGUCAGAUUUGACGAGCGCUCAGAAAGAGAUGAAAGCAAAGCAUAAAGCCUAUGAGAAUGCAGUCGGCAUUCUUAGUCGGCGGCUACAGGAAUCCCUCACUGCAAAGGAAUCUGCUGAAGCAGAGUUGAGCAAACUAAAAGCACAAAUCACUGAUGGUGGAAACAACCAGAUCGCUCAAGAAAGGAUUCAAGCUCUGGAGACAGAAUUGCAAACUGUUAGCAAAAGCAAGUUGAUGCUGGAAAAAGAGUUGCAAGAAGUGAUUUCACUUACCAGCCAGGAGCUUGAAGAAUACAGAGAGAAAGUGCUGGAACUAGAGGAUGAGCUUCAGGAAUCUAGAGGCUUCAGGAGAAAGAUAAAACGUUUAGAAGAAAUUAACAAGAAGUUGGCCCUUGAACUGGAACAUGAACGAGGAAAACUUACAGGCCUUAGUCAGUCCAAUGCUGCUUUGCGGGAGCACAACAAUAUCCUAGAAACAGCUUUAGCAAAAAGAGAGGCAGAUUUGGUGCAACUGAAUCUACAGGUUCAGGCAGUCCUAAAGCGAAAGGAGGAAGAAGACCAGCAAAUGCAACAACUUAUUCAAACUUUACAGGCUUCCUUAGAGAAAGAAAAGUCAAAAGUUAAAGACCUUAAGGAACAGGUAGCAGCAGCCAAAGCAGAUGCAGCACACAAUCGCCGUCAUUACAAAGCUGCUUUCCUUGAGCUCAAUGAAAUCAAGAAAGAGCUCCAAGCCAAAGAACUCCUUGUUCAGGCCCUUCAGGCUGAAGUGGACAAACUGCAGGCCGAGGAUGAGAAACAUUCCCAGGAAGUAUCACAGUUUCAGCAAGAGCUGGCAGAAGCCAGAUCUCAGCUCCAACUUCUGCAGAAGAAGCUGGAUGACAAGCUUAGUGAACAGCCUGUAGUAAGCCAAGAGGUGGAAGACCUCAAGUGGGAAGUAGAACAGAAAGAAAGAGAAAUAGAAACACUUAAGCAGCAGUUGGAUAUGAGCGAACAGCGCAGCCAUAAGGAAUUAGAAGGGAUGCAAGUUGUCCUACAGAAUAUCAAGACUGAGUUGGAAAUGGUGAGAGAAGAUCUGUCAGUGACUCAGAAGGAUAAGUUUAUGCUGCAGGCUAAAGUGAGUGAACUGAAGAACAGCAUGAAGUCACUGCUGCAGCAGAACCAGCAACUGAAGUUGGAUCUGAAGCACGGCAAGAUGAAGAAGAGGAAAGGAGAGAAUAACUCUUCAAAUCCUGUGACUCCAGUCAAGAUUCCUGAUUGUCCAGUCCCUGCUGCCUUGCUGGAAGAACUGUUGAAACCAUCAACAGCUGUGAGCAAGGAGCCUUUAAAAAAUCUGAACAGCUGUCUCCGGCAACUGAAGCAAGAAAUGGACAGUCUUCAGCGUCAGAUGGAGGAACACACCAUUACAGUACAUGAAUCAAUGUCUUCAUGGACUCAGAUUGAGGGGCAGCUAAUGGACCUUACUGCCACCAGUCCUGCAACUGCAUCAGACCAGCAGGAGAUUCCUACUGUAGAUGAAAAGAAACAGAAUUGCGAUGUUACUGACAGGGAAGUUUUGACACUAUAACCUUCUCUGCAGUUGUCUUUCUUCCUAUUGCUUUAAGUGUGUAAACAAAUCUUUAUCAAAAUUAUUUAUUUAUUUCAUUUUAAAGAUGGUGUUCAGAAUAUUGCUUUCGCCUGUAGAAGCAAAGGGCAUGGUUUUGAGAAACUGGCAUAAUAAGUGCCGAAUGUGCUAUUGCAAGGAUUUGUUUGAAACCUUACCACAAUAAUUCUACCAUGUUUGGGACUGCCAAGUGGUAAAUCUGACUCAUUUGGCUUUAGUGAGAGAUUAAGAAGGUUCAAAAUGAGGCCAAGAAGAGCAUCUGCUUCCAGGUCUGCAUUUGUUUAAUCUGGGUAAGUUUGUUAAUAGAUGACUGUUAAUUAUGUAUCAUCUGUUUUUUGUUCUGUUUAUUUUUUUUCUUCAGGUUGGGGGGUGGGGUGUUGAUUUUUCACCCCCCACAGUUUUUCCCCUAUCUUGGGCUGUAUCUAAAUUGCAGGAAAAAAAAAGUCCUGCUCCUGUUCAGUUAUUAGCAGCGGUUGAGAAAUGGAUACUCCUAGAAAAGCAUCCUUCUUCCUCCCACCUACAAUGUCUUAUUUUUUACAUUCAGAUUACAGAUGUCUGCAUUUAGGGGGAACAAAAAUAAAGAUUUGAAGCCAUUUGUAGUUACAAAAAUGACCUUUGAUCUAUGGCAAAAGAACCAGACUGUAAUGAUGACAGAACUUGAGCAGAUUUGCCUGGGAUGUUUUCUGAAGCGUCACAGUUUUUCUCUUACAGUUGCAGGCCAGUAGGGAGCUUUGCUUCACUGCACAAACACUUCUUGCACCUUUUUAGUUCAACUUUUGAAGUAGACAUCCUUGAUGAAAGGUAUGCUUGUAAUAUAUAUACAUAUAUAUAUAUAUAAAAGAAAAAUCAUAAUUUUCUGACUUUGACUAUCUGUUUUAAUAUUCUUAUAUACUGUAAGUUAAGGCUGACAUGAGGGUUUUUUGUUUUGUUUGUUUGUUUGUUACUGUCAUUGUUUCAAUGUUACAUUUAAGUUUGCUGGUUUUUGACAUACUGCUCAAAUGGCUUAGGGAAAUUAGCCCCCAAAAGCCAGAGCUUUUAGAAAUGUAAUUAUUUUACUGUACAAGAUAGAAUUAUAAUGCCUAUACAAUUAUUAUUUUGAUUAUCUUCUUCCACAUGCUGUCCCAGCUUCCUGCAUCUUCUAUUACAAGGUGUCCAUUGUGAAUGUAAACGGUGGAACUAUGGCAGCACCUCUGUAGAGGUGCCUUGGCUAGAUUAUUAUUAAAGCAGCCCAUCUUAGAUUCCUUGUUCUUUGGUCCCAUCGGUCCAUGUGGCCUAGAGUGCAGUGAUAAGCCCCUCUUCUCAUUCAAAAACCACUGCAGGGAUGCUGCUUCAUCUGAUGUGCUAAAGCACAAAUCAAAAUAUACAUGACAUUAUUUGGAAGAAUCAUUGGCAACUCAGGUACCAACAUGUUUUUGUUUUCAAAACAUAUAGAAAACACAUCAAUUAUAUUCACUACAGAUUGGCAUUAGAAAAUCUGAUAAGUAUAAGAAGACUAAAUAGCUUGUCUUAAAAAAAGAAAAAAGGCAUCUCUUCAUUUAUCUUUUUUUUCAUAAUUAGCUAUAACACAGCAUUCAGAAAAGUCACCUUGUCUCUGAUUUCUAUUUGUCUUGUUUACGUACUUUUCUGAAGAGGCAGCUGCUUCUUUGAGGAGGCUCCUUUUGGAUGGGUUUGUGUGUUUCUGUAGAAAAUGACUGCAGUUUGCUUAACAAUAAGGCAAAACCCAAACAAGUGGGGGGAAGUGGUGUUUAUUCAGAGUCUUAGUUCUCAUAAUUACCAACUCAAGAUCGCAUCCAGUUGAACACUUUGCACUUAGCAUUCCAGAGUGACAUUAUGCCCCUCAAUUCCUUGGAAUUUAACUUCUGUUUUAUGGGGUCAGAGUCAAGUGAUGCUAAUAAAGUCAAGGUUUUCAGUUUGAUGAAGGGAGAAAUGCAUUAAUGUGACAUUAGGUGUCCAACGUAUAGAAUUACUGAUCAAUUUAAAGAAAAUUCAAAAACUGUACUAGCUUAGACAUGUUAAUGUCUGCGUACUACAGCAGUCUACUUUGCAGAUUUAAUGGUACUGAUUAUCUUGCUGCUGUCAUGUUCUUGAAAUUGCCUGUAUAUUAAGCUCUAAGAGGGGAAAAAUAUGCAGUGUUGUUAAAUAACAAAAUUAAAACUACAUAGUAAAAAAUAUAUUCAGUACAAAAAAAGUUACCAAAUGUUCAGGACUUUAAAUAAAAUAACAGUUGUGCAGGGUUAAUGUUGGUGUUCAUUUUGAUGAAUACAUUGCCUGUAAUUAAUCUGUUUUGUUAUAAGUGCAUAAGUUUGGCGACAGUUGUAAUAGAUAAAGCUUUUUACCUGGUAUCAAAGAAUUGUAAGAAGCCUUCAUAGGUCUUAAGAACAUCUGCUCUCCUUUCUGUAUCAAUAAUAAGACUGCAUUCAGUUUUCAGUGCAGUGCAGCACUUUCUCACUAGCUCCCUGUAAGACAUCUGAGUUUACAUAAUCAAGUAGCCUCAGAUGCACAUUUUUCCUUUUAAAGAUGAAGGAGCUGUUGUGAAGUUCUCCGAUUAGAUUUCUGCAUUGAUCCACCAGUUUCUCUCUCUGGAAAUUCCUGGACACUAGUUAUCUUCAUUUUAUGUCCCCCAUGUGGUUUUCUAUAAACACAAGCGCUAUGCCAUUUAUUUAAAUGAAGCACAGAUGACAAGACUUGCAGUUCUAAGUCUGGUGAGGUACUGAGCCACUGAUGUUACAGAAGUCACUGAGAAGCCUUCUAGAAAGAGCACUCAGCAUGUGACAAAAGCAAACACUCUUCUUUGAAGCUCAUCAUCUAUGUAUCUUAAUUAUCCAGAGAAAUAGUUGCUGUUACAUUAAAAAGCUUCAACUGGCAGCUGAGCAUGCUCUCUGUUCAAAGCUUCAGGUCUCUUGCUGUCUAGGCAGUAAACAAACUAGUUAUCAGAAUGAAACCUGAGUUCCUUCUGCAUGUCUCAGCACUACCAAAUAGAUCAGAGGAGUAUCAGUGCCUCAUUAAUAGUGGUGUGUACUUAGAAAUUUAAGAUUAACUUUCCAAAGUUGUUUUUUUCAUUUUUUGAAGUAAUGUGCAAUUUUUUUCCGCAAUGGACUGUUUUCCAUGUCUGUUCUUCAGUGGUUGCUACCCACUGAACAAGUCUUGUUGAUGAAGCAGAAAUGUUGUAAAAUGAGAAUGUUUCCCAAAUACUGGAAGUUGUUAAAGGCUGCAGCAUUGCUUUUUCAAAUGGGUUGGGUUUUUGAGGACUCUGGAAUAAUUGUCCAUUAAACAACAACAAAAGCCCUGUGAUGGAAAAAAUGUUAUUUACUGAGACUAUGCUGUUGCUGAACAUUAUACAAUGUUCCAUUCUAUCGUCUUCCACAUCUCUUGGAAAUAUUUGUGCACUGUGUAGGGAUCAGCUGAGCCCCUGAUCCACUCAUGCUCUGGGAGGAUCUGAUCCCAAACUAUUCAGGCAAUAUGCUAGCUGAAGUCUCUGAGAAUUUCACAGAUUUAAAGAGUAAAGUAAUACCCAGAAUGGAAGUUCUAGUACUCGUAUUUUCAUGGAGAACUUACACCUCCGUAGGGGAAUGAAAUGCAGGGGCACAGAAGUUUUAAUGCUAGUUAUGACAACGUUAAAGGUGCACUGGGGACAGAUAGUAUCAAUACAAAAUUAACUUAAAAGAUGACAAAGUCACUACUGGUGAUGCAAAAGCUUAUGAUGUAUGUUCUAGUAACUUUGCCAGGGAAGUAUGAGUAGUAUGCAUGUGACUUGAUGUGACCAGAGCCUUUAAAUAUUUUCAUAUGAAAGUAAUUACUAAAGCUUGUAAGCUGUCAGUCUGAUCACAUUUGUCUCCUACUGUUGCAUAACACUUCAGUCUUUGAGAACAGAGCAGCCUAAUUUCCAAUACAGGUGCAAGGGAUUUCUGGAGGAGAUAAAGAUGUUCUCAGUAUUGUAAAAGAAAUAUUGUUAUGUUUUAUACAUGACAUUUAAUAAUUUAAUGUCUGCUUAGGCUGUAUUUGUAAAGAUGGAAGUUAAUCAUUUCAUGUUCUUGAGUGGAUGACCCAGGGGACGGAGGAGUUACGCUAUGUACCAUUAAUAUUUAUGAUCACACAAAGCACGUUGAUUAUAAAAAUAAUGUGCAUAGGAAUUCCUUUGAAAGUUUUGUGCAAUAAACUAUUUUUGGUAAAGGG